AUGCUCCUUAUUACGGGCGAACAUGCCUUCCCCCUCUCAUCCCUUCCCCCUCUCAUGACUUCCCCCUCUCAUGCCUUCCCCCUCUCAUGCCUUCCCCCUCUUAUGCCUUCCCCCUCUCAUGCCCUCCCCCUCUCAUGCCCUCCCCCUCUCAUGCCCUCCCCCUCUCAUGCCCUCCCCCUCGCAUGCCCUCCCCCUCUCAUUCCCUCCCCCUCGCAUGCCCUCCCCCUCUCAUUCCCUCCCCCUCUCAUGCCAUCCCCCUCUCAUGCCUUCCCGCUCUCAUGCCUUCCCCCUCUCAUGCCUUCCCCCUCUCAUGCCUUCCCCCUCUCAUGCCUUUCCCCUCUCAUGCCUUCCCCCUCUCAUGCCUUCCCCCUCUCAUGCCUUCCCCCUCUCAUGCCUUCCCCCACUCAUGCCUUCCCCCUCUCAUGCCUCCCCCCUCUCAUGCCUUCCCCCUCUCAUGCCUGCCCCCUCUCAUGCCUUCCCCCUCUCAUGCCUUCCCCCUCUCAUGCCUUCCCCCUCUCAUGCAUUCCCCCUCUCAUGCCUUUAAUUUAA